AUGUCCCGGUUGGCUGAGCUGAUGGAAGCUGGCAAGCUGCAGUCCAAGGCCUCUCUUGCUCGACGCAUCGUCCUGUUCAUCAUCCCUGGAUACCUUCUUGUGGUUGUGGGAUGUCUGGCGACGGCAGUGGACAAGGCCUUUGUGGGCCAUGUCUCCUCAGUGCAGCUUGCGUCCAUUGGACCUGCGUCCUCGGCAUACGAAAUGUGGACGCAAACAAUCCGAGCAAUCAAUGGUGCACAGCUGGCUUUGCUGGGCAACCCACCAGAUGACAUGUCAAAAGCGUCGAUCCGUGCUGUUGGUUUUGUCUACAUGACUGUGGCAGGGCUGCUGGCAGGGAUUGCUGCUUUGGUCAUGGCGCCAACCGGUGUUCGCUUAUUUGGAGCUAGUGCCGACAUGUUCCCUUUUGCUUUGUCCUACUUGAAGGUGCGGGCCUGCUUCAUGGCUAUGGGCCGGAUACGGGACAGCUGCAAUGUGGUUUGCCUGGCGGAGAAGGAUUCCGUGACACCCUUCGUGGCGUCGGUGAUCGCUUUCGUGGUGAAUGUGAUUGGAGACUUGCUCCUUUGCCCCAAGCAGGGUGCUUUUGGAGCUGCUAUUGCAACUGAUGUAGCCACGUCUGCGGCAGCGGGGUUUACAUUGCAACGACUCCGGCAUUCUGGGCUCUGGCCGAAGCAGUUCUACUGUCCACGCAGGAGAGAAGCGAGGCAUUUCGCCAAGUAUGCCGUCAAUCUUUUCCUCAGUGCAGUGGCUCUUUUGAUGAUCAUCAUUUCCGAGACGUGCUUGGCGUCAAAGAUGGGUACCUCAUCGGGCGCUGCACAUCAGAUUUUGGAUGCCAUGUGGCGAAUCUGUGGAUUAUCCUUGAGCUUGCCAAUGGAGUGGGCAGGCCAGACUUUCCUGUCCAAAGACUUGACAGGAGUUGAGUGGCGGCAUACAGCCUCUGUGCUGGCCAUGGUUGCAAUGUGCUUCUCCUUGAUAAGUGCAGGCUGCGUUCUGGCAUUCUUGCACCUGCGUGUGGACGUGUUCACCACGGACCCGCUGGUGCAAGUUGAGGUCUUGCACAGCACCCUUGGCGUGGCCAUGUGCUCUGGAUUGAUUGUCCUCUCGCAAACCUUGAUGAGUUUUUUCAUCAGCUUGGGCAAGGUCCACUUUGUUCCAGUCACUGGCGGCAUGUUGGUGGUCCUUUUCACAGCUGGCAGCUACGUCCUUUACAUGUAUAGUAUGCUGAGUUUGCAGCGCAUGUGGGCACUCAAGGCAGCUUUACUUUGCUUUGCCGUGCUGUGGCAGUGCUGCGUUGUUUUGUACCUCAGCCAGCGCCGGUGA